UCUUAUUGUUCUUCUUAUCCACAAACUGAAUGUUUAACCCCUCCAAGCAAUGAUGCAACUUGGCAAAAAUUACUUCCCUUGCAUCAUUUGUACAUCUGACAUUCACCUUGUCGAUUACUACCUUCGCGCCCCUCGCAAAUACGAACCCGCUAGGAUUUGAGCUAAAAAUACCAUCUCAUAGCAUCCCUAAGAGUCUAUCCACCUGCUCCAUGAGACCCAGAACAUAUAGCUUCAUCAAAAGAACAUUCACCUUGGAUAUACUCCAAGCACCAAAGGGAAGUUCCUUUAUCUGGCGUAGCAUCAAUAAAGCUACUCCCAUCCUUCGCCAAGGAUGUGCGUGGAACAUUCGAAAUGGUUUGAGCACUAAAUUUUGGACCGAUAUUUGGGUUUUGCAGGUUCCCCUUCUCCAAGUCGCAAAUUCUGCAAUCCCAGAAGACAUGCUUAGCACUUGUGUUGCUGACUACAUCGACGAGGAUGGAAGAUGGAACAAGCCAAGCUUCGACCAUUUACUCCCUCAGGAGGUGACAGACAAGAUAACGGCUUUGGCAGUAGAUCGACUCUCCUCGGCAAAUGAUAGAUUGUUCUGGAGAGAAACAUCAAAUGGCCACUUCUCUACAAAGACAACAUACAGUUUAGUACACUCGGCUACUACCACGGUGGAUAUGACUACGGAACCCCCUUGGAAGAUCAUUUGGAAGCUGUCGUUACUGGAGAGAGUGCGCACUUUUGUUUGGCUCCUUUGCUCAGAAAACUUAAUACUCGGGCACGGCUGCACUCAAAGCUCAUUGCUCCCACGUCUAGCUGUCUUCGCUGCAACAACAGAUUGGAGAAUCACAUUCACAUAUUCCAGGAUUGUACAGUCGCCAAAUAUCUAUGGAAGAAGAUAGUUCCUCAGCAUAAGCAGUCUGCUUUCUUUGCACAGCCUGACAGUAUGUGGCUGCAAAGCAAUCUUACUAGCAACGACACAUGUCCACAUGGAACUCCAUGGGUUGCUUUUUUUGCAAUUGCCGCUUGGACACUUUGGAAGCAAAGAAAUGAGCUUACUUUUCAUGGAACGGGUAAGGUGCUGUCUUUUCCCACUCUCACCAAUGUUAUCUCAUCUACGGCAAGCUUAUGGAAAGCAUGGAAUUCUCCAAGUCCCAAGCUCAAUGGAAAGCAACCAACAGUUGGAAGAACCAUGACUCAAAUCAAAUGGAACCCGCCACCAUAUGGUUGGUAUAAGUUGAACAUAGAUGGAGCUGCCAUGGGUAACCCAGGACUUGCAUGAGCUGGAGGCUUACUUAGAGACAACAAUGGGGUAUGGAUCAAAGGAUUCCUCUACAGGAUAGGAAAUAGCUCAGCAAUCUUAGCAGAACUUUGGGCGAUAAAGGAAGGGCUAAGCAUGGCCUAGAACAAUGGUAUACGUGACAUUAUCCUUGAGGAAGAUUCCUUGGUUGCAAAGGAUCUGAUAGAGCAUCGCAGCGACUUGAUUCACCCCCAUGCUACCAUUCUUGAGAUCAUUCGACGCAAGAUUGCACAACGCUGGUUGGUUCGCAUUUGUCAUACGUACCGUGAGGGGAAUAGAGUCGCGGACUAGCUCUCAAAGCACAGUCUCGUCUAUCCCUUCGGGUCGCAUGAACUUGCACAUCCACCACCCGCACUCUUGCAGAUCAUCAACGAUGACAUCCAGGGGGUUAGUUUUCCCAGAACCAUUGUUUCAAGUAAUACCACGUGCAUCUUUUCCCCUCCUACCCUACUAUAAUCUUCUCUCUGGCUAACGCCUCCAAUUAAUAAUAAUAAAAAAUCGAAAGAACAACCAUUUAUGUUGGAUUCUCUGAACUAGGAUUCAAUCCACUACUAGACCUUCAUCCGACCAAGAACCCGGUCCAAUUCCUCUACCCAAGCCAUCAACUGGCGCCCAAGGACGUUAACGAGCACCUAAUGUCCCUCAAAGACCACCAUGCUCCAUACCUUCCACACAAGUCAGAGGACAAAUUAUGCAAAUUGUUUUACCUGUUUCGAUAGAUGUAGUUGCGAGUUGCAGGACCUUGCAGCUGAAUUGCGAGUUGGAAUCAAUCGUCUUAUUAUCC